GACUGCAUCGCGCUGCUCGCCGCGGCCGCAGCAGGAGGUGACGGCGUUAGGAGCGGGGACUGAGCGCAUGGAGUGGAAGUCUGAAGGGAGUGCCCAGGAGACACGGUCAGCUGUGGUGCAGGAGCAGGAAGGCGUCCUGGAGGACACAGAUGAAGAUGGCGUCUCUGAAAGCUUCCAGCUUCUGCAGAUUGACGUGGGAUGCGAGUGCGGUGGUGGGGAGACCUCACCCGCAGGCACUGCACCAUGGUGCUCGAAAAAUGUCCAAAGGAAACAGAGACAUUGGGAAAAGAUAGUUGCAGCAAAGAAGAGUAAAAGAAAGCAAGAAAAAGAAAGAAGAAAAGCAAAUCGUGCUGAAAAUCCAGGCGUCUGCCCCCAGCACAGCAAGCGUUUUCUGAAAGCCUUAACCAAAGAGAAGCUUUUGGAAGCCAAACACUCAGGACCAAGACUGUGUAUUGAUUUGAGUAUGAGCCACCAUAUGUCAAAGAAGGAACUGAGUAGACUGGCUGGGCAGAUCCGAAGGUUGUACGGUUCAAACAAGAAGGCUGACAGGCCAUUUUGGAUCUACCUCACUGGGUUCACAACAGACAGCCCCCUCUAUGAAGAGUGUUUGAGGAUGAAUGAUGGAUUUUCCAGUUACUUGCUAGAUAUCACAGAAGAAGACUGCUUUAACUUAUUUCCUCUGGAAACCCUUGUGUACCUGACUCCUGACUCAGAACACGCUCUUGAAGAUGUUGCUCUAAACAAAGUUUACAUCCUUGGUGGACUUGUGGAUGAAAGUAUUCAGAAGAAAGUAACAUUUCAAAAGGCUUGGGAACACUCUGUCAAGACAGCCCGCUUGCCAAUCCAGGAGUACAUGGUCAGAUGCCAGAAUGGGAAAAACUAUCAUUCAGAGAUACUGGCCAUCAACCAAGUAUUUGAUGUCCUGGCCACUUACUUUGAGACUCACAGCUGGCCCGAAGCACUGAAGAAAGGCGUCUCUUCAGGAAAAGGCUACGUGCUGCGCAGUUCGGUGGAAUGAUGGGCAGCCUAGCAGCCUCCUCACCAAGAAACAGGGCAGAGGGUGGCAGUGCACACACUCACCUUUACUUGACGUCUUGGGUCUUCCUAGGAUAUAACCUACUAACGACAGGGACCACAGUUUGUGCUCUUUUGUAUCUCCUAUAGUGCCUAGCUCACCGAAAGUGCCCGAAUAUAUUUUAAGUAAAAAGUUUACAUAACAAUUAGCCCUAAAACUAUAUGGCUGUGUAUGUGUUGAUUCACCUGUCUCUGUCAAAGACUGAAAGACUGUUUAUUGUUAUGUCAAGAAUUGAAUUUUCACUAAAUUGGCAUCAUAAAAUUGUAUGCAUUUCCCCGGCUGCCUCUGAUCAUGCUGAUUUUUCUCCUGGCUCAGUAAUGAGCUGUCAACAGCUUUGUAAGGAUCAGUCUUUCCUGACCUGGCUCUCCUUUGUCUCCUCUUGGGGCUCUUGCCCUGUACUCCCUUGUUUUGAGUAUGGGCAAGGAUCCUACUGGAGGAUUUGUAUUAAUAGCCCUGUAUCCUUCUUAGACUUCUACAAACUAGGUUCUUUGCAUACAGUAGUCCUCCCUUAUCCACAGUUAAUUGGGGUCAAGAUAAUUGGUAAAUCCUGGAAAUAAAUAAUUCAUGUUUUAAUCACUUUAUUAUAGCAAA